GACCCAACAGGAACGUCAUGGCAAAGUAUAUGCUUCUGACAAAAGACUCUCGAUCCAAGUCGGGCCACGCAUAUAUGCCUAAAUUGCAAGUGCUGUUCAACUCCUUACCUGAAUUUCUAUUUAGCGGAGAAAUUCGGCCAGUGGUGGUUGAACUCUCCAACAUUUGCCCUAGUGUACCCGUUGCCAAUAUUAUUAUCGCUUCCAACGAUCCCUUACACCUCGCUUUCGACCUUCCCCGCAUUGAGUGCAAAAAUGUUCGAAAUGAUCAAAUUGCACUCUACCGUUGGCAUCCCACUCAAAAAUCAAUUAAAAUGUGGUUGAAAGGCACCGAAAACGUUGGGUUAACAUCAUUGGAUCUCAUGUUUUUCUCUACUAAUCCCGCCAUAAAAGCCAGAUAUCGUCUACUUCGCCACUGUUCGAAAAUCUUUGUCUCUUCAUCAUUGAGCCUCGGUGCCUGGGUUCAAAGAGUUCCGAGUGGGGAGGAUCGCACUGAAACAUUGGCCGUUCAACUCCAAGUUCGGAACCUCAGAGACGCGGAUGACACAUCUCUUAGUGGUAUUGAAGUUUCGCAGGUGGCUCUUCUUAGCAAUCGAUGGCAUUUGCGUUCUGAUCAGUCAACAAUUCCAGACGGAGUACUUCAUCCACAAGAAAGCCUCAUUGGGGUGCUAUUGGCCAUCCGAGGAACUGAAAAGAGAGAAUACAACGAGAGUGUUGUGCUAAAAUUACCAAGCCAUGGACGAGCUGUCGAUUUCCAACUCGACCCAUACCGAUCAUUCGUUAAAGAAUUUCAGAAAACUACACCCGACACAACUCUGGUUGUGUGCUGGACGGCUACGCAAGCUUCUGAAGAUGGAUUUGGUACUUUACUCAUAGAAGGGCAACAUUACUUUGGUUGGAAUUCCCAAGAUAUAGCAAGCUCAAGUUUGCCAGAAACCAGUUUGAAAUCACAUCAGCAGUUGGUUUCCUACUCCAUGGAGUAUUCAACAAAAGUGUUUCAUGAUUUUGACCAACAGAAGUUGUGUGUUAUACCAGUAACUCUGUAUCUUCACAAUUGCAGUCAGCAACAAGUCAAUGUUCAUUAUUCAGCCAACUUCAAUACAGGGAAACCCCCACGUGCUUCUCAGUUGUACAUGCCUGAAGCUGCUUCUCCCCUACUUUGGAUAGGUUGUGUUCAAGGAGAUGUUUGUUUGAAAGAUACACCUGCUUACAGUCUUGUUCAAGGGUUACAAAUCGAUGCAAGAAUGUUGGGUGAAAAUGUUAGAGUACCAAGUCCAAAAAUUGAGUAUACAUUGAUUGUUGAUCACAAGGAAGUUUAAUUGUAUUAUGUAGGUGAAAAAAUAAAGUUGUUCAGAUUUUAA